GAGAACUUUACAGCGAAAAAAGAGCUUGAUCUAUCAAGACUUACUUUUCACUGACUUUAGUAAGUGUUCUCGAAGAACAAUUACUCUGUUAACAAACAGGCACUCUUCAACCUCAGUCAAGAGCAAGAACUGCUAACAUAACCAUGUCUACUGUAAAGUGUGGCGUGAACAAGAACUUCUGCUCUAUCGGCCGUUUCCCAGCCAUUAAACUGGAGUCUGGCCAUUUCGGGAGCGGGGCGUGCUACGUGCCGGUUUGCAAUGACCCUUGCAUGAAGCCCUACGUGCAUUGCGAGAAACCUUGCGCAGACCCUUGUGCUAAACCUCCCGUCUACCCUUGCGCUAAACCUCCCGUCUACCCUUGUGUGAACCCUUGUGCUGACCCUUGCUUGAACCCUUGCAACUAUAUCACACCAUGCUUUGAUUAUGACUGUAAGGAAGUUUUCCUUAAGGAUUGUUUUGAUGAUUGCCUUGGCAAGCAAGUCUGUGGAGAUGUGGCACUACAGGUACGAUGUGUUGACCUCAUCAAAUCCUGGAAGUGUCAGAAUCGACAGGAACAUCACACAAAUUGUUACCGUAGUGAUCACCUCAUCGUCCGAAGAGGACAAUGUUUCCAGAUGUGGGUUGAGCUGUCCAGGCCUUUUAAUCCAAAGACUGACCAACUUCACCUGGAGCUGAGACUUGGUAAUGUUCCAUCAAUAAGCAACGGCACUCUGGUGAAUGUUCCAGUAGUGGACGAAUUCAAGAAAAAUCGCUGGGAGGCCAAGAUAGUCGAACGGGCACAAAACCGAAUCAAACUGAGUGUUUACUCCCUUCCAACUGCUGCUAUUGGACGUUACAGGCUCACUAUUGUCACGUGUGGUCCAAUGGGUAGAGCCACUUCCUUAUGCAACCCUAGCAAUGACAUUUACAUGUUGUUCAACCCAUGGUGUAAAGAUGACUCAGUGUACCUGGAAGAUGAAGCAAAGAAAGUUGAGUAUGUUUUGAAUAGCACGGGCAAAAUCUACUAUGGAACAAAACAUCAGAUUGCUACCAGAACCUGGGACUUUGGUCAGUUUGAUGAGGGAGUCUUGGCAGCAUGUUUCUUUGUGUUGGAGAAGAGUGGUUCUCCUUGCUCAGGAUGGGGAAGUCCCAUAAACGUUGCCAGAGUGGUAUCUACCAUGAUUAAUGCCAAUGAUGACUGCGGUGUGUUGAUGGGUAACUGGUCAAACUGCUAUAGUGCUGGAGUUUCUCCCACAGCCUGGUGUGGUAGCAGUCCCAUUCUAAACCGGUUCCACAAAAGUGGAGGAAGACCUGUCAGAUAUGGACAGAGCUUGGCCUUCGCCGGAGUCACCAACACGGUGUUACGAUGCUUAGGCAUUCCCGCUCGUCCCAUCUCCAACUUCUGUUCUGCUCACGACACUGACAUUUCUAUGACAAUAGAUGUUUAUUUUGAUGAAAACUUUGAGUUAAUCGAUCACCUAAACCGUGAUUCAAUCUGGAACUACCAUGUGUGGAACGAGGCCUGGAUGACCCGGCCAGACCUGCCAGCUGGGUUUGGAGGUUGGCAGGUGGUUGAUUCCACUCCUCAGGAGACCAGCCAGGGCUUCUACCGCUGCGGCCCCACCUCUGUUGCUGCAGUUCGUAGCGGGCAGGUCUUCCUCAAAUAUGAAACGCCCUUUGUUUUUGCUGAAGUGAACAGUGAUAUAGUCUUCUGGCAGAGGACAGCUUGUGGAACCUUCAAUGUGAUCCAUGUGGACAAGAAUGCAGUGGGUCACUGCAUCAGCACGAAGGCUGUUGGAUCAGACAAACGUGUAGAUAUUACACACCACUACAAAUUUCCAGAAGGUUCAGAGGAGGAGCGCAAUGCUGUGGAAACAGCCAUUCGCCACGGCUCCAAGAGAUGCAUAUACCCACUGACCUGUGCUGAGGAGGUAGUCUGUGAAGUCACAAUGAAGGGGGAUGUACCAUGUGUCGGCAAGGAUGCGGUUGUUUCCAUUGCCCUGAAGAACAAAUGCAGCUCGCCUCGUAGCGUCACCCUCCACAGCCACAUGGCAUCCAUGUACUACACUGGAGUCCACAAGGCCUUGGUGAAGAAGGACCAGACAUGCUUUGAGCUCAAGGCUUGUGAAUCCAAGAUUCUGGAGUGGACCGUGCGAUAUGAGGAUUAUAAGACCCACCUGGUGGACCAUGCAGCCUUGAUGCUUACUGUUGCUGGACGGGUCACUCAGACUAAACAAGUUGUGGCCAAACGGUUCAACUUCAGACUGUGCACUCCUGAUAUUGUUAUCACUCCAACUUGUGAUUGUGUGAUGGGCAAAGAGGUGCCAGUCAAAAUCACAUUCCAGAACCCACUGCCCUGCGUGCUGAAGAAUGCGAUUUUCCGUAUUGAGGGACUGGGACAUAAGCACUGCAGAAUGAUUAACUAUGGUGACAUUGCAAGUCUGGCCACGGUGAACCUGACGGAAACAUUUCUUCCCAAGUGUCAUGGCCCACACAAACUUCUGGCAUCCCUCGACUGUCCUCAGCUGACUCAGGUGCAUGGAGUCACCAACAUUGUUGUCAGAGAAAACUGAAAAUGCACAAAAAUUACCAAAGGAGAGGAAGCCUGCUCAAUGAAAACCUUUGAUUGUGCUUUUCACAUGCAUUGAUACUAAAAGGUGCAUGUAAUCAUAGUCUUGGCUCAGUCAUUUAAUCAUUGUUGAUUCAUCAGUUUAUUUUUGGAAGUCAUAUUUUGGGAUGAGGGAUUUAUUUUUGGUUUCACAUAGUUGAAGGGUGAUUUUCAAUCAUUCUAAUAAUUUUUCUAAUCAUGUAAUCGUCAACUUUCAUGCUUAAUUUUUUUUGCAUAGUCAACCUACCCAACUGAAAGUGUGUAGUUGACUAAUUCUCUCAUUUUAGCUGCAUUAAUAAUCUGUAGCAUCAAUAAAGUCUUUAA